AGCUGGGCGUUUCCAAUCCAAACAGUGCAGGGCUGGAAGAGCAAGUUGCCUCAGUCAGUCUGUGUGGAUCAUCGAUUCCCAGCAGAUCACCACCAGCACCAGAGCCAAGAGCCGCAGAGCGAAGCAAAGCACAGACCUGAGGGAGCACAGAGCAGGACAGUCAACAUGAGCAGAUGUCUGAUCAGCAAGGUGGAGGUGCAGGGCUUCAUCGAGAGGUGUAUGAUAGCCGUGGGCACCAAGCCGCAUCACGCCCGCAGCCUGGCCGAGGUGCUGGUGGAGGGAGACCACAGAGGCCAUUACAGCCAUGGACUCAACAGGAUGGACAUGUAUGUAAAGGACAUCAACACAGGAAUCUGUGCCAAGGACGGUGAGCCAGUGGUGGAGAAGGAGAGUGCGGCCACAGCACUGGUGGAUGGGAAGAACCUCCUGGGUCCUGUGGUGGGAAACUUCUGCAUGAAUCUGGCCAUUAAGAAGGCAAAAGAAUGUGGCAUCGGCUGGGUGGUCGCACGCGGCUCCAACCAUUACGGUAUUGCCGGAUACUACUCAAUGCAAGCUCUGAAGCAAAACAUGAUUGGCAUGUCAUUUACCAACACGUCCCCACUUGUGGUACCCACACGUGGUAAAGAGUGCACUUUGGGCACCAACCCCAUCAGCGUGGCAGCUCCUGCUAACAACGGAGACAGCUUUGUUCUGGACAUGGCCACAUCAGCAGUAGCACUUGGAAAGGUGGAGCUCCACGAGCGCCGUGGAGACCCCAUCCCUGAGGGCUGGGGCUGUGACGCCCAAGGCAAGCUGGUCACUGACCCUAAGAAGGUUCUGAGCGGAGGAGGACUGGUGCCCAUCGGUGGCAGUGAAGAGACAGGAGGGUACAAAGGCUACGGUCUGGGAAUGAUGGUGGAGGUGUUCUGUGGUAUCUUGGCCGGUGCCCAGUACAGCAAUCAUAUCCGCACAUGGAAAGUAACAGACCGUGUUGCCAACCUGGGUCAGUGCUUCGUCGCGAUCAACCCAGAGAACUUUGCGCCGGGGUUCACCGACAGGAUGACAGACCUGCUGUCCAUCCAAAGAGGAAUGGAGCCUGCUGACGCCGGCACUCCUGUUCUGGCUGCUGGAGAUCCAGAGAGGAUGAACAUGAAGAAGUGUGAGCAGAUGGGUGGGAUCCCCUACCACAUCAAUGUCGUCAACUACAUGAACGAAUGUGCCAAGAAAAUUGGUGUCAACCCGCUGCUGCCAUGUGACAAUCUCAUCUCCAAUUAGUCGGUCUGGUCAAGAUUGUCAGCGUUGGAAAUCUGUCUCAUCUUGAAGUCCACAUGGAACUACUAAGGAAUGCAGCUUUUUUUACGCACACUAUACAUGUCGACAGUGAUAUUGUUUUCAUUUUAAUAGCACCUAUCAGGUAUUUUAGUAUUCUUAACCUUCAGAAAAGUUUUAAUAAAAAACAUUUAUGGAGGCAGGACAUUUGUGACAUUACAAGGAACAUAUCAAAUGUGUUCCUUUCUUAAGGGGCUCUAAAACUGUUCGUGCCUUGAGACACUUGAGAAUGUUAAUUUUAACGUUUUCAAGAUGCAACUUUGACAGUGAAACACGCACAUUCUUUGUCUUAAACUGUUGUACGUCGUAGCUUCAUGGCUGAUGGCUGGAUGUGAACGUGCUAUAGUUUGAGUAGUGCUGUUGAAAGAUGAGCUAAAGUCACCGUGGUUUUGUCAUUCCCUGUCAGUGAGCUGCAGUACCAUUUUUUAACUGUACGAUAAUCGAGCCACAAUAUGACAAAUUCAAACUAUUUUUUUAAAUGCUGCGAAGCAUUUGAAAAUAGCCAUGACGGUGUUUUGCUACUUUUAUAAAGUUGAAGUUCAGACCCUCUUUUUACACGAAGGUCAUCAUAAAAAUCACCAUGUGCCUUAUUCAAUUAAAGCCAUAUAAACCAAAA